AGUGAGUCAAUCUGCUGUGUGUCAAUCUGCUGUGUUGUUUAGGUAACUCUGCAACUCAAACUCAUAGCAGCCAAUGGCGUUUUCUUCUUCGAUAGCUCCUUCGUUGCGUGGCCUCUCGACCAAUGCAUCCUCACGCGACUCCUAUGCAACCAAUAAGAUCUACCCAUCAUCUCUCUCUCCCCCCCAAUGCUCUCCCAUCUCCAAAAUGGAUUUUAUUUGUCAAUGGAGUCAAAGGAAGUUGUCAACCUUUCCUAUUUGUGCUUCACUUGCAGAUGCUAUGCAACAAACUUCUUCUGAAAAAGUUGAGUUUCCCAAAGGCGACACUUGGUCUAUUCAUAAAUUUGGUGGUACCUGUGUGGGAAGCUCCGAAAGAAUUCGGAAUGUUGCGCACAUAAUUAUCAAUGAUGAUUCAGAGAGAAAGUUAGUUGUUGUGUCUGCAAUGUCAAAGGUGACCAAUAUGAUGUAUGAUCUUGUCUGCAAGGCGCAAUCACGGGAUGAUUCUUACAUAGCUGCAUUGGAUGCUGUUCUAGAAAGGCACAAGUUAACAGCCCUGGAUCUACUUGAGGGGGAUGACCUUGCUAGUUUCUUAUUGCAGUUGCAUGAUGACAUCAAUAACCUUAAAGCAAUGCUUCGUGCAAUAUAUAUAGGACAUGCAACAGAAUCGUUUACAGAUUUUGUUGUAGGACAUGGAGAGUUAUGGUCUGCUCAGAUGUUGGCAUCUCUUGUCAGAAAAGUGAGUGGGAUGGAUUGUAAUUGGAUGGACACGAGGGAGGUCCUUAUUGUAAAUCCUAGUGGUUCUAAUCAAGUUGAUCCAGAUUACUUGGAAUCUGAAAAAAGACUUGAGAAAUGGUUUUUGCAAAAUCCAUCUAAGACUGUUAUUGCAACUGGUUUCAUAGCUAGUACACCCCAAAAUAUUCCUACAACUUUGAAAAGAGAUGGAAGUGACUUCUCUGCAGCUAUAAUGGGGGCUUUGUUCAGGGCACGCCAAGUCACAAUCUGGACAGAUGUUGAUGGUGUUUACAGUGCUGAUCCCAGAAAAGUUAGUGAGGCUGUGGUAUUGAAGACAUUGUCUUAUCAAGAGGCCUGGGAAAUGUCAUAUUUUGGGGCAAAUGUUUUACAUCCCCGAACCAUCAUUCCAGUGAUGCAAUAUGACAUUCCAAUCAUUAUUAGAAAUAUCUUCAAUCUUUCAGCACCUGGAACGAUGAUCUGCCAGCCUUCCGUUAAUGAGUUCGAAGAUGGGCAGAGGCUGGAAUCUUAUGUCAAAGGGUUUGCAACUAUAGACAAUUUGGCCCUUGUAAAUGUUGAGGGAACUGGAAUGGUUGGUGUUCCUGGUACAGCUAGUGCCAUUUUUGGUGCAGUCAAAGAUGUAGGAGCCAACGUUAUCAUGAUAUCCCAGGCUAGCAGUGAGCAUUCUAUCUGCUUUGCUGUUCCUGAGAAAGAAGUAAAAGCUGUUGCUGAGGUUUUACAGUCUAGAUUUCGUCAAGCUCUGGAUGCUGAGCGUCUUUCUCAGGUUGCGGUCAUCUCAAACUGUAGCAUUUUGGCAGCAGUAGGCCAGAAAAUGGCAAGUACUCCUGGAGUCAGUGCUACACUUUUCAAUGCGCUUGCAAAGGCUAAUAUUAAUGUCCGUGCUAUAGCCCAAGGUUGCUCAGAGUACAAUAUCACUGUGGUUGUCAAACAAGAAGACUGUGUGAAGGCCCUAAGAGCUGUCCACUCAAGAUUUUAUUUCUCUAAAACCACGAUAGCAGUGGGUAUUGUUGGAUCUGGAUUGAUUGGUGGCACCUUGCUUGACCAGCUCAGGGAUCAGGCAGCGGUCCUCAAGGAACAGUUUAACAUCGACUUGCGUGUUAUGGGUAUCACUGGCUCAAGGAGAAUGCUUCUGAGUGACACGGGUAUUGACUUAUCUAGAUGGAGAGAUCUUCAAAAGGUGGAGGGAGAAGUGGCUGACCUGGAGAAAUUUGUUCACAAUGUGCAUGGAAAUCAUUUUAUUCCAAAUACUGUUUUGGUAGAUUGUACGGCAGACUCUGGUGUCGUAAGCCGUUACUAUGAAUGGUUGCGAAGAGGAAUUCACGUAAUUACCCCAAAUCAGAAGGCAAAUUCAGGACCACUUGAGCAGUAUUUGAAGUUGAGAGCUCUUCAACGGCAAUCCUAUACACAUUACUUCUAUGAAGCUACUGUUGGAGCUGGGCUUCCAAUCAUUAGCACUUUACAAGGUCUCCUUGAAACUGGGGACAAGAUAUUGCGGAUUGAAGGCAUUUUCAGUGGGACUCUGAGUUACAUUUUCAACAACUUUAUAGGAACACGAGCUUUCAGUGAGGUGGUGGCUGAGGCAAAAGAGGCAGGUUUUACUGAACCAGAUCCAAGGGAUGAUUUUUCUGGAACAGAUGUGGCCAGAAAGGUGAUAAUUCUUGCCAGAGAGUCUGGUCUAAUGCUAGAACUUCCAAAUAUCCCUAUUGAAAACCUGGUGCCAGAACCAUUAAGGGGUAGUGCAUCAGCUGAGGAAUUCCUCCAGCAACUGCCACAAUAUGACCAAGACAUGGCUAACAAACGUCAGGAUGCAGAGGAAGCAGGGGAAGUCUUGAGAUAUGUUGGGGUAGUGGAUGUGGUUAAUCAAAAAGGGACUGUGGAAUUGGGAAGAUACAAGAAAGAUCACCCUUUCUCACAGCUUUCAGGGUCUGACAACAUCAUUGCCUUCACCACUGAAAGGUACAAAAAGCAGCCUCUGGUAGUCCGCGGGCCAGGUGCCGGGGCUCAAGUCACAGCUGGUGGAAUCUUCAGUGACAUUUUGCGGCUUGCCUCGUAUCUUGGCGCCCCAUCUUAAUAACAAUGCUCUCUAGCCAUAAACAAAGCGGAUUCUUUCUUCUCCUUCCAGGCCAGGUUUUAUGUUGUCAGUCCAAGCUUGUGGGUUAGGGUGCUUCAGCUGUCAUGUAAUUUUAAUAUGUGCGGACAAGAUUUUAGAAAAAUUUUAUUUUUAUUAUUUUAGAAUUAGUAGUUGAUUAGGAAUAUUUUAGUUUGAGUAAUAGAAUAUUCUACAAUUAUUAGGUUUCUUAAAUUGUGUUGAUUUUCUGUGUUUAUGCAUUUAUUGUUCUACAAGAAUUAAUUAUUUUUUUUAGUUGUUUUACUUGGUUAACAAAAAUUAAUAAUUUCCUUUUUUCA